AUGGGAGACAACGCCGAAUACAUAACCAGACACGUCGACACAGACCUCCGCUUUUGGAGACGCCGGGAUGUCGACAACAAUGUCCAAGUCAACUGUGCCAAUGGUAAACUGGAGGAUAAUCUCAAGGAAAUGGAACUGCUGGCCGAGAUGCACAAGGUACAUGUGCAGGAUAUCCGGGGACAGGAAUCAUCCUACACACUCGACAAGAACGGAUUCGUAUACCUGUCACACGAAAUGCCCGAGCUUGAUAAGGUCUCGGACGAAGAGCAUGUUAAAGAUGCGAUCAUCCGCAAGACCGAAGAGUUAGUUCGCAAAAUAACUGGUGCCACUAGGACAGUCACUUUUGCAAAUCGAGUGCGAUGCCUUGCAGAAGAUAGAUCCUUGCUCGAUAGAAACCGCGCCCCGGCGCACAGCGUGCACUCAGAUUUCACAACUAGGGGUGCACUCCAUUACCUGAAAACGCUUGUUCCGGACAAGCAGGAGCGCAACCGUCUCCUCGCUAACCGAGUCCUGAUUAUCAAUGUCUGGCGGCCAUUGAAACCCAUCCAAAGGGAUCCCCUCGCGAUUUGUGACUGGAGCUCCGUUAAUAUCCAAGACGAGGGUAUCGCCACACGUCUAACGCUGCCAAAUGGGUGGAAUGAACUCGGGCAAUAUGCGUUUAGUCCAAGUCAGAGAUGGUGUUAUCUCAGCGGUCAACAACCCAACGAACCUCUCAUUUUCACCCAAUUCGAUAGCUCCAAAGUGGAUGAGGGAGGCUUCACAGUACCACACAGUGCGUUUGUUGACCCAGAAUAUAGUGAUUCUGCUGCAAGGGAGAGUCUGGAAAUUAAAAUGUUUGCAUUUGUUUAA